AGCUAAGCUAACUGUUCCUUUAUAUUUUGCUAUUUUCUCAGCGGUGUAUUUUUUCGAAUUAGUAUAGAAAUCCGUUAUGUCCGUAAGAAAGUUUGCUGCGACAAGUUGUGAACAUAUGGUCUUAAAAAAAGUGGUGGAAAUUUGUAUAGUUAAUAGCGAUAUAUUUAAUUAAGGAGCAAAGUAAAUGUAUACGAAAAAUGUCUUCCCGUAAUUUGACGGAAGUUUUUAAUAUAAUGCGUAACAAUGCUUCAAAAAAUAGGAGCCUCUACGCGGAAGAUAGAAAAGGAGGUGAUGAUGCUGAAUUGCUUCUAAAACAUUCAAUAGGUGAUAUGGAAGAGGGUAUAGAACUACGUGAUGAAUAUGGAUCGCAACCAACAUGGAUGGAUAAGUUAGAAGAAGCUCAAUACACCAUGUCAAAAAUAAAACCAAAGCUAGAUGAACUUGGUUCUUUGCACGCUCGUCAUUUGCUUCGUCCGGCGUUUGACGAAAACACAGAAAAUCAACAAGAAAUGGAUAAACUUAGUCAAGAAAUAUCGAAACUUAUAACAUCAGCGCAUCGCCAUACACAACACAUACGUUCCUGUGUAGACGUCGGUACCAAGUCAGAACAACGCUUAACUUCAAACGUUGCUACUUUUCUAUUGAUUAGCCUUCAAGAACUUUCUAUAAAGUUUCGUAACAGCCAAAAUAUGUAUCUCAAACAGUUAAACAUAAGAGAGGAACGUUCCCAGAGAUUUUUUGAUGAUUUUACAAAAACUGGCGAAAGUGAAGAACGUGAAAAUUAUGUGGAUUCCUUCGAUAACUUUUUGCAAUUGUCGAACUCUAAAAAGGGAUCAGUUUUAUAUGACGAGGACAUUUCUGAAGAUUUGGAUGGGCAUUUUCAGCGGCCAAGCACUAGUAGAAUGCUGACCCAACAGCAAUUGUUGCUUUUUGAAGAAGAAAAUAGUCGUCUGGUUUCAAGUCGCGAUGAAGAAGUUACUAAAAUAGUGAAGUCUAUUUAUGAUCUUAACGACAUCUUUAAGGAUCUAGGUCAUAUGGUACAUGAACAAGGGACGAUUUUGGAUCGUAUCGAUUAUUCAAUAGAACAGACGCAAACAAGAAUAUCUGAAGGAUUGCGGCAAUUGCGUCGAGCUGAAAUGUAUCAAAGAAAAAAUCGUAAGAUGUGCGUAAUAAUGGUGUUGGCAGCAAUAUCAUUGUCUAUGUUGGUAAUUUUAAUUUUUACAAAGGUUUAGAAAGAAUCCUAAUCUAUUUAAU